AUUUGCCUGUGCUGCUUAGCGCUGUAGCUGAGCUUGACUGUGACCCAAUCAUGUUCACCCACAGCAGAGUGGCAGUACUGUUUGUUGUGCUGAUUUCUUGUGAUCCAGUUUAUACAGCAGAAAUCAUUGGAGGCCAUGUGGCUGUGCCACACAGCAGGCCAUACAUGGUGCUUGUGGAGCGACACAUGUCAGAUGGUACAAAAAAAUACUGUGGUGGGUCCAUUCUGAGUGAGGACUUUGUGAUGACAGCUGCUCAUUGUCAAGCCAAGGAUUACUUAAUUUAUCUUGGGCUUCACGAUAUGAGUUUGAAUGACGAAGUGGAACGCAUAACUGUGGAACAAGCAUUUCCGAAUAUACAUUACAACAAUGUGACAUUAAUGAAUGAUGUCAUGCUACUCAAGCUGACCUCCAAGGCAAGGUUUGGAAGUAAAGUGAAAUCCAUCAAUCUGGCAAGCAAGAAUGAUAAGGCUCUGCCAAAAUCAUGUAUUGUCUCAGGCUGGGGUGGAACAAAAGAAUCCAAUGGACUGCUCUCCCACAAACUCAUGGAAACCAAUAUAACACUGAUUGAAAAUGAAAACUGUAAAGUUGAAAAAUCUUACUGUUCAAAGGGAGAGCCUGGACCGGGUCUAGGAGACUCUGGAGGUCCACUGGUCUGUGAACAUGGGAAAGCUUAUGGAGUGGUGUCCUCCAUGUUCAAGCCAGUAGAAAAUGGGCCCCCAUUAUUUAGGUAUGCCAAAAUACCUGACUACAACGGCUGGAUCAUGUCAACUGUAAAAACGGCUCUGAUGAGAAAAAAUGCACACAAUAGGUUUCAGUGAAUCUUACUUUUUUAAUUUGAACAACAGCUGACACAAUAUCUGAGAUGUUUCCCACUGCAUAAAUACUUAGAACAUUGCUGUACGCACUCAUCCCAUGGCUCUGUGCUUAUAAAUCUGUGCUGUAUCAUGAGCAAACAUUAACAAAAUUAAACAUGCAAUCUUUUGGUG